AUGGCCGACGAACCAAGACGCUCCGGCCGCUCGACCAAAGGGCAACACAAGAACCUGGAUAUGAUCACCGAGACUCCUUCGAAAAAGACGAAAGUCAAAGCUCAGCCGAAAGAGAAAUCCGCGAAACCCUCCGUGGAGCCCACGCCUGCUCCCAGCGAAGAAGAAGAGAUCAUCCGAUGCAUCUGUGGCGAAUAUGAAGAGGAGGAAGAUGUCGAGCGCGAUAUGAUCUGCUGCGACCGGUGCUCUGCCUGGCAACACAAUGACUGCAUGGGCUUGACGUUCGUCAAGGGUGAGGAACCCGACGAAUACUUCUGUGAACUUUGUAAGCCCGAGAACCACAAAGUCCUCCUGGAGAAGAUUGCGCAGGGUGAAAAGCCGUGGGAAGAGGUCGCCGAAAGGAGACGCAAGGAAGCUGAGGAGAAGAAGGCGUCUCGGCGCAGAAAGAGCAAGAAGGGUGGCAGAAGAGGUAGACCGAGCGAGUCCAAGUUUGCUGAACCCAAAGUCAGCGAAUCUAAGACGAGCGAGCGCAAGACGAGUGAGCCCAAGACAAGUGAGCCCAGGGCGAGCGAACCCAGGGCGAGCGAGCCCAAGACGAGUGAGCGAAAAGCGAGCGAGCCAACGAGAGACACAAGCACACCUACUCGCGCAGCCACUUCUACAACACCUGCCCCUGCCCCUACUGCCACGCCCGAGGCCCCUGCCCCUGCCCCUGCUGAACCUACUCAGCCUGAACCUACUCAGUCUCCGGCUCCUGAAAAGAAUGGCCAUGAACACCAGGAGCCUGAGCCCGAGGCGCAAUCCACAAGCGCCCAAAAGCGCAAGUUUGAUGAGCACCAGGAUGUGCAAGCCCCCGAACCGGGCCCGAAAACGAAACAGCAAAAGAUCUCACCACCGGCACCUGCGGCUCCUCCGUCUGCUCCUGCUGCCCCGGAUGCUAAGCCAGCUCCAGUAAAGAACGAGCCCAUUGUGCAGCCUCCCCGGCAAAGCUCCACCGCGGGAAUAGUGGCCGACGAGGUCCCGAAAACCAUAGAAGAGCUCACGACGCCAGCUCGGAAGGGUGUUGCCAGUGCUCUGGUCAAGUUAUUAGUAGAUCAGAUUUCUGAGGCCCAGAAGCGAGGAUCUUUCAACUUGCCCGAAAGGAAGUCGGCGAAGGAUUUUGCUCGGCAGCUUGCUCUCUCCAUCGAGAGUGCUAUGUAUCAGAAUAUAUGCGGAGGAUCUGGAGAGCCCACAGAGCCGUAUAGGUUACAAUUGCGGACGAUCUUGUUCAACGUAAAGAAGAACCCUUCUCUACGGGACCGUCUGCUCGUAGGUAGUUUACUUCCUGAUACCCUCUCUAAGAUGAGCUCCCAAGACAUGGCAAGUGAGGAACUGCAGCAGAAGGAUGCGGAAAUCAAGCGGGAGGCCGAACGGCAGCAUAUCAUCGUGCAGGACCAAGGGCCUCGCAUUAGACGGACCCAUAAGGGCGAAGAGUUGGUGGAAGACGAUAACCAGAACGUCGCCAGCGAGCCCGUCUUCUCGACGGCAGCGGCGCGACGCAGCCUGGCCGAUGCUGAGGGCAGUCCUGGCCAGAGCCCGACGACGCCUGGGCCGCCGUCUGAAGCCGAUGGCCUUCGCAAGUCAUCCAAGUCGCAGGCUGGCGAUGCGAGGAUCGCCGACGGAGUCACUCACCAUGACCACUUCCCUUCACGGGCCCAUUCACCUGGAGGCACCAGUCACGAGCAGGUGUUCCCCGAAGUCUCAGCUCACAUCCGCGAACAGCUGCCGGCUCGCAGGGCGCAGGCCGAUGCUGAGAUCGAUCAACUCCUGCGAGACGACGAACCGGACUCGCCGCCCUACUCGCCCAAGGAAUUCCACGACGAAGCAAGCAUCUGGCAUGGCAAGGUGGUCAUGAGCCCCAUCGCCGAGUUCUCGUCCUACGCAAAGCAUGUGGGAGGAGCCGACCUGAGUGGGAGAAUCCCGUGGAGCCAACUUGUUCCCUCGACGCUGCUGAUCGAUGGACGGAUAGACAUCGAACUGGCAAGCAACUACCUCUGCGGUCUACGCUUCAGCUCCUCCACCGAUGUCACAGUCGUCUCCAUCAGCCGCCCCGAGUCGCCCAAAGAGCGGCUAGGCUUCGACAAACUGUUCAGCUACUUCCAGGAUCGCAAGAGAUACGGUGUCAGUGGCAAGCACCCGUUACCAGCAGUCAAGGACACGUAUCUCAUCCCCAUCGAGGCCGGUUCCACCAAGAAGCCAGAGUUCAUCGAGCUCCUGGAGAACAACGCCCUCGAGGAUCCAGCACCCGAGCGUGUCCUCCUCGUCGUCUUUGCCGUCAAGACGGGGGACUCGAACCCCCCAUCCGUCCAACCUCCCUCACACAACCCCAGCCAGGAGCUCGGUGCCUCUGCCAGUCCGUUGACUGCCGUCGCGCCCACUCCUCACCAGCCGCAGUUCAUGACCCCGGGGCCGCCGCACGCCUCCCAGUUCUCCCCAGCCCCAGCCUCAUUCGACGGAGCAGCUCAAGUGCCUAUUCCAUAUGGACAACAAUCUCAGCAACAAGGACAACCCGACGGACCGAUCCUCACCGGUCUUGCUGCAGCAGUGCAGGUGCUGGGUCCCCAGCAAGCUCAUUCCCCUGCCAUCCAGCAACUCCUGCGCCAGGCGCCCAAUGCGGAUGUCUCCCAGUUGAGCGUGGUCCGGGACAUCCUGGUACGGCGACCCGAGGCAGGCUCCGACUACAAGAUGUUGACGGAUGAGUUGUACGUGGCCACUACGACGAAUGGUCACGGCCCACAGCAGAAUGCAGGGUAG